AUUUGCAACAAGCAAGCAAGCAAGCAGCCACACGUACCGGCGUUGAUCACAUUAGCUUGCUUAGCAUCACCACCUGGUCUUAGAAUGGCGGCCUACUACAACGGCGGCAGGACCAUGCCCUACUCCAACACCGACGAGUGCUUCGACGGUGGCAGGACCAUGUACUCCAACACCACCGACGACUGCUACGACGCUGGCAAGCACGGCCACGGGCACGGGCACGGCCAUGGCCAUGGCGGGGCAAACAUGUACGCUAACACCACUGACGUGGAGUGCUUCCAGGACUCCGGCAGGCACGGCUACGGUGGUGGCGGCAGGACCAUGUACUCCAACACCGUCGACGAGGAGUGCUUCGACUCCGGCAGGCACGCGCAUGGGCACGGCCACGGCUACGGGCACAACGACGGUAGGGCCAUGUCCUACUCCACCACCACCGAGGAGUGCUUCGGCGGUGGUGAGCAGGGGCAGGGGUACUACAAGAAAGAGGUGAAGCAGCACAAGAACAGGGAGCGCGUCGGCGAGGUCGGCGCCCUCGCCGCCGGUGCCUUCGCCCUGUAUGAGGGGUACGAGGUGAAGAAGGACCCGGCACACGCGAGGAAGCACCAGAUCGAGGCCGGCGUGGCAGGCGCGGCGGCGCUCGGCGCCGGCGGCUACGCGUACCACGAGCACCGCGAGCAGAAGCAGGCCGCCUACGGCGGGCAGCAGGAGUACAGGAUGCCCGUCCACAACGGCUACUGCAACUAAGUGCACGCUACCAACGUCGAUCGAUCGUCGUAUAGACUCCAAUAAUAAAAUCGACGGAGCAUCAUGCAGGCAGGCAUGCUGCAUGUAUGUGUUGCUGAAGUACUCUUAAUUUCGGCUCAUCUACAAUAAGCUAGCUGCAUGCGUACGUUCGUGCUACCAGUCACGUGCUCUGUGGUGUAACUUGCGUGUGGUACAAUACGGGUCGAGAGUAUUUACGCGUGUA